UUAACUAACCGCCGCAAAACAACAGGAAUUAAAAGUAACAAGUCGUGGCGCAAUCAAAAGCAUAGGGCUAUGUCCACAAAUCUCUCUGCUGUUUUUCUGCGGCGUACCGGGCAGUUUGUCUUUAUUCAUCUUUUAUAUGGCCGCAUGCAUGUUUGCAUUGACUGUGAAAAUGGAGGAAUUACUUGACAUGAUGCUCGUAACAUUUUACUUGCAACAAAGAAAUGGAGGACGAAUGGGCCCGCUGUCUUAAGAUGGGACGCUGGCCAGAUCAGCAAGUAGUGGCGCGCAGCUGAAUACUUGGUGGCCCUCGGAUUGUAAAUGUGGAGGGGGAGGGGGUGCAUUUCAAUAGAAUAAUUCCUACGGGUAGGAGUUUGGUUUUUAGCGUUACCGUAAUUAACCAUACUCAACAAUUCUACGCGAAGCGCGUUGGGGUCGUUUUAAAAGCUGAAAACCAGAACCAGACAAAUGAUUCUUUCAGUGAGUUUAGCUGGUCCUUUGUGCGCGAUUCCCCAGCGUGCGAUUUAUACAAGUAAUCGGACACAAAGCGGUAGAUGUCUUGUAGACGUGGAGUGCUCGUAAUGUAGCCAUAAACUGUAAAAACCCAUAAACGCGUUUCGUUUUCUUUUACGUUCACGGCGAUUUGUAUUGGAUGACGGUAAUUUUAAAAUGUAGGCAUAUAUUUAUUAUGUACUGUAUUGACUUGUCAGUGUUGCCGCUAAAAUUUGCAGCACGCGCUUUCAAUAAGAAACAAAAGAAACACCAAUAAAACAUAUCGGAAGGCGUCACAUUUUGCACCCACAUCACCAUUUAAAUUUACGCUCAAUCAGUUAAGUCAUUGGCAAUAUUUUAAAAUCUAAAAUAUUGCAGAAUGCAUUUUUCUUGCGUUUCCAUUUCACUGUUCGUGAUCUAUCAUUUUUGUCCACAUAAUUGACCAAAUCCGUAUACAGUAUGUGAAAAUGUUGAUUCAAUCUUUAAAUGUUCUGUGGCGUUAUUUAUAUUUUAUGCACGACAUUCUCUUGGAACAUUUACCUAUUGUCUAGGUUGCCUCAGGACGGGUAUUACUAUUUCAAAAAAUGAUGUAAACAUGAGUAAGAAACGGCACCACCGCCUGAUCAGGCAUCGGCACAGAAUAAAUUCCUUUUCCUAAAAUUUGUAGCUGACCAUUUGCUUUACAAAAGACUUAAAGAGGUCAAAGCUUGUAAAUUAAAGGUGCAGGGGUGACAAAUCAGAAGACUGGUAUGAUUACAAUUGCAAUUGGCAACGAUUGCACUUGGUAUACUGUAUCUCCGAUAGUCCCGCUUUUCUGUCUCAUUGUCUCGGCAUCACUCAUUCUUGUCCGUCAUUAAUUUCUCUUUUUAUACAACAUAUUUUGUUUAUUUGCAUUAUCGUUUUGAACAGUUGCAUUAGGCGAAUAUAAACUUGUACACGUUAACACAGUGACACAAGGCCUUUGAAAAUGCGAAUAUGCAGAGCAAGUCUCAGCGAAUCGGAACGCGAAUCAUAUAUUCUGAGACCACCUCUACAAAGCAAGAUUGGCGCCUACCUCAGCAGCGUCGAGAUAUCCUAAAACGGGACGCCACUACAACCCUAUCGAUUUCAUUUAUUUGGAGAAAACUGAAAACUUUGUUGGACUACCUGCUUAACUUGGUGUUUUAGAAAUGGAGCAGUACACAGCAACCAGUAACAACACCGGGGAACAAAUUGUUGUGCAGACAGCGUCUGGGCCAAUACAGCAACAGCAGGGUGGGGUGACCGCUGUCCAGUUGCAGACAGAGGCGCAAGUGGCAUCCGCAUCAGGCCAGCAGGUGCAGACACUCCAGGUAGUUCAAGGGCAACCUUUGAUGGUCCAGGUGAGCGGAGGCCAGUUGAUAACAUCGACAGGCCAGCCCAUUAUGGUUCAAGCAGUCCCUGGAGGACAAGGGCAGACUAUUAUGCAAGUGCCUGUCUCUGGAGCCCAGGGCCUUCAGCAGAUUCAGCUCGUUCAGCCAGGCCAAAUCCAAAUCCAAGGUGGUCAGGCUUUACAAGUGCAGGGUCAACAAGGUCAGGCUCAACAAAUCAUCAUUCAGCAGCCCCAGACUGCAGUUACUGCAGGGCAGACCCAGGGGCAACAACAGAUAGCUGUGCAAGGCCAGCCAGUGGCACAAACAGCAGAAGGGCAAACAAUUGUAUAUCAGCCUGUCAAUGCUGAUGGCACUAUCUUGCAGCAAGGUAUGAUCACUAUUCCAGCUGCCAGUCUGGCUGGUGCCCAGAUUGUCCAGGCUGGAGCAAAUACCAGUACCACAAAUAGUGGACAAGGUACUGUUACAGUCACGUUGCCUGUUUCUGGUAGCAUGGUAAACGCUGGUGGAAUGGUCAUGAUGGUUCCCGGAGGUAGUACAUUGCCAACCAUGCAGAGAAUUCCCCUACCUGGAGCAGAAAUGCUAGAAGAGGAGCCACUGUAUGUGAAUGCCAAGCAGUACCAUCGCAUCCUUAAGAGGAGACAAGCCCGUGCCAAACUUGAGGCAGAGGGAAAGAUUCCAAAGGAAAGGAGGAAAUACUUGCAUGAAUCUCGUCAUCGGCAUGCAAUGCAGAGAAAAAGAGGAGAUGGAGGUAGAUUUUUUUCUCCUAAAGAAAAGGAAGAGAUGGCGGCAAGGGCCCAGUCAGAUCAGUCUCAACCAGUUGAAGAAGUUGUGGGACAGAUGAUAAGAGUGUCAUAAUUGAAAAGCUUGUCCAGCUCAUCCUCCAUUCUUGACCUUCUCUACAUACUGUAGAGCUGGCAGCACAAUUCUCUCCGACCCCCUCCACCAGUGUGUGAGCGCCUGAAUGAGUAUUCAAACGUGGCAUAAUACAGUGUUGUGGAAGCAUUGCUGCUAAUUGUGUCCACACUAGCAGUCAAAUGUACAGUUUUUUUAAGUAUUUUUUGUUGCAAAUAGAGUAUGUGGCUGAAGUGAGAUUGGUUGUUUUCUUUCCUCAGUUUAUCUCCCAAGUUUGCACCUCCAGUUAUAAUUAUGAAUUUGAAGUUUCAUCUGGGUUCAAACAGUUACAAAAUGCUUUUAUCAUUGAUUUAGUUAAGAUUAACUUGAUUAAUAAUUAUUGAAUUCCUACAUAGUGAUUUUUGUUCACAUUUGGUACUGUCACACAUACAGGAUGACUGCUGCUAGUUUGGAUGAAUGAAUGUGGAGAAUAUGUGACCCGACCUCCUAUGCUUCUUUUUUUAAAUUGAAAAUUGUGUCAUACAAACAUGAUAAAUUGCUUUAUAUAUAUAUAUAUAUAUAUAUAUAUAUAUAUAUAUAUAUAUAUAUAUAUAUUCAACUCUUCUGUAAAACUUUGGGUGCUUUUUCUCAAGACCGAGUAUCAUUUGUAUUCAGAUGACUUUUUUUUUUAUUAUUAUUAUUAUUCAAGACUAAUGUGUAUCUGAAAUCUUUAAGGUGUUAGAUGUAGCACUUCCCUUCUGUAUUGUGUCUCUGAUCUAAAGUGUAAUAUGUUCAUGUGGAUUUUAACCACAUAAUUAAUGUCACAUAUCUAUUCAAGGUGGUACUCCAAUGCAACAGUGCAGUGUAGAGCUCAAACGGUCUUCUGGGAUUUCUGAUGCUUUUGUUUUUUUUUUGUUUUUUUUUAUUCUAUGCCAGUUAUUGGUUUUCUUUAUAAUCUGACCAGAACAAUACAGUGUGAUGGUUUAUAUAGUAUUUAUGCAGCAAUGAAAGUGGUGCACCCAAGAUAGCCUUUGUUGUGUUUUUUUUUUUUUUUUUAAUACCAAUUUCACUUUUUAAUUUGUAGCUUAAAUUUCUGGUCUCACCACUUCAUUGAUGCAAGAGCAGUGCAUUACUUUGAAAGUAUUGUUUUCUUCACAUAGUUUCCUUCUGCCCUGUUAAAACUUAUUUGUAGAGUUCAUUCAUGAUGUGCACUGCGUUUGAUGUCUAAGAAGAAGAAUUGCUAGUGGUUUGUCUUUGCAAUACUUUCAAGGGCUUUUGCAUGUAGUAACAUUUGGGAUUGUCAGGUACUGUAUAAUGGGUUCUGUAUUUGGAGGCUGUUUCUCGGCAUAUGAAAGAAAAUAGGAACAUUUUGUGUAUAUACUACAAAACAUUUUUAUUGUUUUAUAUAUAUAUAUGUGUAUAUAUAUAUUGUUUUUUCAAGCAUGAACAGUCUGUAUAAAAGUAAGCUGUAUAGGACAUGUACUGUGUACACCAUUCAGCAAAUAAAACUUUAUUUAAAAAAA